CAACCUCCCCUGGGCCCCCCCAGAUUUGCAUUUCAGACUACUGGACCCCCGGGCACCCUCAGCCUCCCCAAGCCCGCAACUGGAGCCUGGGACCCCUUGUCCUCUCCCAGGGGGACCCCCAGCCUCCACCCUGGAUCUCUGGGCUUCACCCUCAGACCCUCAAACCUCCACUCCUGGAUCCCCAGCCAACCUUCAGCCUUCUACCUUGCUCCCGCACAUCCGCAGCUGGACCCCUAGGACUGCAAUCUCUCAUCCCUCCCCUGCCAACCUCCACUCCCAGCAUCCUCAGACCCUCACCCACCCGCAGACAUUCCCUGCUGGACAUCUCCCUGGGUGUCCCCUACCCUCUGCCCUAGUCCUUCAUCAUCCCCAAUCAUCUUCUCCCCAAUCCCUUUUCACCUCCAAAUCCUUGUCACUCCCCAUAGCCCAUCCCAACUCCCCUGCAUCCCUUAUCUCCCAAACAUCAUAUAAUCCUUGGUCAUAACCCUCCAUCACCUGCACACCAAUGUUAUCUCUCAUUCCCAUCGUUGCUGUACCCAACCCUCCCAACUCAAUAUAAUCCACUAUAUAAUUCCUAACUCCCAUCACUCCGCUCUUCCCUACACUCCCAUCGUACCAGUCCCCCCAGUUCCACAUCCACUUUGUCUCAUCAGUCUCCCACCAUCUCAACCCUGCAUCAAUCCCCCAUAUCAUCUCCAGGCACUUCAGUCUCUGGUCCCUCUCUAUUACCCCUUGAAAUCCAAACCCUUAAACCUCUAUCUUUCCCAAGUCCCUAUAACCUCCUGGCCAUCCACCCAAGGCCCAAACCUCCAGUCUUCUAGCUUCCCUGUACCCACAUAUCCUUUUUCUAACUCCCAGUCGGCAUGACCUCUGGCCUAUUGAGAAGUCUGCCACCAACUCUCUAUUGGUGCUUGCUUUUAAUUAUUUUGCCUAUGUCUGCUUCUUCUGUUUCCUCAACUUCUCCAUUCACAAGCAGCAUGUGGGAUGGGCUCAUGCUGGUGGACUGAUUCGUGGAGAAGGAGGCGUUGUCUCUACAAGCCCAGCCCAUGCCACAUAAACAUAUGCUGGAAACUCCCCUGCUCUUAGCGAGGAGGGAGACAGACUGGGAUGCUUCAAGUGUCUGUUUUUAAUCUACUUUUAUAUGUCUCAGAAAUGAUAUAGUUUAUAAUAGCCUUGCUGUUUGGGAUGUUCUCUCACCUGAGGUGUAAUUUGAGCUAAGCAGGUGUGAAGUUGCUAGUGUUUGGAUGAGAGACCUGCACAGAAAACAGUUGCUGCAGGAAUAGGUAAUGGUCGUUAAGUAAGUGGCACUUUUCCUACUGCUGCUGCAGAGGCCAUUUUUUUGUUUUAUUUUUGGCAUAUCGGACCAGUUUUCAUAGUGCAGGCUGGCUCUGCAGCACAUGUGUGGGCGUCAGACUUAGCUGCAUAGUUAAUACGUCUCUCUUAAAGUGCACAGUGAAUAAAUAAACUGUUUAGACCAACAUGUCCAUCAAUCUCCAGACAGAGUGGCUUUGAUCUGGGAGAAAGAUGAGCCUGGCACUGAAGUGAAAAUCACAUACAGGGAACUUCUUGACAUGACCUGCCGUCUGGCCAACACACUGAAGAAAUAUGGAGUACAAAAAGGGGACAGAGUUGCAAUCUAUAUGUCCGUGACUCCACUGGCUGUGGCUGCCAUGUUGGCUUGUGCCAGAAUUGGUGCUAUUCAUACAGUGGUCUUUGCUGGAUUCAGUGCAGAAUCUUUAGCUGGGAGGAUCAUUGAUUCUGGCUGCAAAGCUGUCAUUACCUACAACCAGGGACUCAGGGGAGGACGAGCUGUAGAGCUGAAGAAGACUGUCGAUGAAGCUGUAAAGAAUUGUCCAAGUAUCAAGCAUGUCUUCGUGGCUCAAAGAACAGACAGCACAGUCCACAUGGGUAAUCGUGACAUUCCUCUUGAAGAAGAGAUGGCCAAGGAGGCUCCUGUGUGUGCUCCUGAAAGUAUGGACAGUGAAGACAUACUCUUCAUGCUUUACACCUCCGGGAGCACGGGAAAACCCAAAGGGAUUGUUCACACUCAGGCUGGGUAUCUGCUUUAUGCUGCUGUGACACACAAGCAUGUGUUUGACUACCAGCAAGGCGAUGUUUUUGGUUGUGUGGCUGAUAUUGGCUGGAUCACAGGACAUAGCUAUGUUGUAUAUGGACCACUCUGUAAUGGAGGCACCUCUGUCCUGUUUGAAAGCACUCCACUGUAUCCUGACCCAGGUCGUUACUGGGAAACUGUGCAGAGGUUAAAAAUUAAUCAGUUUUACGGUGCACCUACUGCUGUACGCCUGCUGCUGAAGUAUGGAGAUAAGUGGGUGAAGAAGUAUGACAGAUCUUCCUUAAAAACCCUGGGUUCAGUGGGAGAACCAAUUAACCAUGAAGCUUGGCAAUGGUUCUACAAUGUAGUGGGAGACAGCCGGUGCACCCUUGUUGACACUUGGUGGCAAACAGAAACAGGCGGCAUCUGCAUUGCUCCCCGGCCCUCGGAGGAAGGAGCUGACGUCAUUCCUGCUAUGGCAAUGAGACCGUUCUUUGGGAUUAUACCCGCACUGAUGGAUGAGAAUGGAAGAGUUAUAGAAGGAAAUGAUGUUUCUGGUGCUCUGUGCAUUGCACAGCCCUGGCCUGGCCUGGCAAGAACCAUCUAUGGAGAUCAUCAAAGAUUUAUAGAUACUUAUUUCAAAAUGUAUCCAGGUUAUUAUUUCACAGGGGAUGGUGCCUAUAGAUCCUCAGAGGGGUAUUAUCAAAUAACAGGGCGGAUGGAUGACGUCAUAAAUAUCAGCGGUCACAGGCUUGGAACUGCAGAGAUUGAAGAUGCCAUGGAUGAACAUCCGGCUGUGCCUGAAACAGCUGUGAUUGGUUACCCCCAUGAGAUCAAAGGAGAAGGUGCCUUUGCUUUCAUAGUGUUAAAAGAAGACACAGCUCAUACAGAACGUGUUAAAGAAGAGCUCAGAUCUAUAGUUGCUUCCAAGAUCGCGAAGUAUGCUGUGCCUGAUCACGUUCUGGUGGUGAAACGCCUUCCUAAAACACGAUCAGGGAAAAUUAUGAGAAGGGUGCUGAAGAAAAUCGUCACUGACCAAUGCAACGAUUUGGGAGAUGUCACCACGCUGGAUGAUCCAAGCAUCGUCACAGAAAUACUAGAUGCCUACCAGAAAUACAAAACCCAGCAGUCUGCAUCUUCAUAGGAAGGUCUUGAGUCUGUUUCCAAAAGGAAUUCAGAGGAACAAACAACUAUCUAGCUAAUUUUGCUCUUUCAUGGACUAUCAUCAAAUUCUGCUCACUCCUAAGAGAACAAAAUGAUUCCUCUCACAACAUACUAUAAUCUAUCAUAGACCAUGGUACAGAGCUGCCUUCUCUUUCCUUGGAAACCAUGGAAUACACACUGUGAAGCAUCGUAUGUUAAGAACAUUCUGAACAAGUGCCUGACUAAAUUUGCCAAAACUAAGUGUUUUCACACUAUUUUUAGGGAAAGUGUAUAGCAUCCUUUUUAGGUUUCCACUAGCUGCAUUAAAAAUAAACAGCUAGUAAACUGUU